AUGAAGUUCGUGGGCGACACCAACGACGUCCCCUCCUCCUCCCUCCUCGUCCGCCACAGCAAGUACAAGACCCCCAAGAGCCGCGUCAUGUUCCGCCCCAGCCACAUCCAGCUGUUCACCGAGGUCGUCGAGUCCGUCAACGGCAACCUGGUGCGCGGGGGCGCCGCGGCGCGUUCCAGCGCGAGCCGGGGCGGCGGCGCGGGCGCGACCUCACCUGUGACGGGCGCGACCGUCGCCGAGCGCCACAACCUCGGAUGGACCGUCCGCUACACCCUGCGCUUUGACGAUGACGUCACCGUGGAGUACAGCGUGUCGCGCGAGCAGGCGGACGGGGCGCUGGGGCUGGACGUGGGGCAGCGCGUCUGGGUGUACGUGCGGCCCGAGGCCAUGAUGGGCUUCGAGCCGGCCGAAAUCGACAGCGCCCCCAUCCUGUGA